UUGCUUUGCGAAAAAUCGCCGAUGACAGAAAGAAGAAAAGAGUAAAAAUUUUCAUUCUGGAGGACAACGACGGUGCAGAAAACGAGAAGACAUCCAGAACAAGAUGGAUCUCUCAAUGUCCUCCUCAAGGGAGGAUCCAUUUGCAUCGGACAGUAUAUUUUCCCAGCAGGAUCUUCCGGUCGUGCCAAAUGACAACCCAGAGACGUACUGUCGCUUGUGUUUGACGACGCCUGAUGUAGUUCCGCUUUUUCCACCGGGAACCGAUCCAAAUGUGUACGUUUUGGAACUGAUUGGCCAGUACAUUGGAGUGGGGCUGACAAUGGAGGACGAUUCUUCCUGUGCCGUGUGUACGUCAUGCCAGUUGAUUCUGGAUCAGUUUGACCUUUUCCGACAGAACUGCCUGAAGGUUGACAUUGCCAUACGAAGAAGAAGGCUAGGGUUGGAUCGGGUGGUUAAGUCUGAACCACUGCAGGAUGACGAUGAAGAGGAGAUAGAUCUUCCGUAUAAACGGUUGGAAAAUCGCUGUUACCAGUGCCGAGUAUGCUCGGAAAAAUUUCGGUCAAUGUCGCUGUUCAUGGGUCAUUGUAAGGAGCAACAUCCGGACGAGGCAAAGAUGUACAAAUGUAAACACUGCACCAAAUCUUUCAUGACGAAAACAGCUAGGCUGCAGCACAUUAGAUCUCAUCAACCGACUAAUGCUGAUGGCGAUCUGGGUGUCAUCCGGAUGCAGGUGUGCGAGAAAUGCAUGACUACUUUCGAAUCGUACAAGCUGCUAAAGGACCACAUCAAGGAGCAACACUCGAAUGAUCCGAAGCAGGAAACGCUUGUGUGCGGCACCUGCUCGAGACAGUUCAGUCGCAUUACGAUUCUCCGCAAUCACAUCCUACGGGUCCAUUUGGGCAAGCAGCCUCAUGUGUGCAAACAGUGUGGUUUUGAUUUUGCCUACUCGCAGCAAUUGGUGGCCCAUUUGAAAACCGAACAUGGCAUCAGUCCGGACGAGUUCGGACAGUUUGCUGAGGAUCAUUUGGAGGACGAGGAGGGAGUACCUCCAAGUGCGGGAUCAGAGAGCGAUCCUGCGGCAGUUGGUGAUGCUGUAGUUAAGACAGAGCCACAACCGACAAACACAAACGCAUCAGCAGAAGCAGAUGAGCGCAAGAGAAUGAACCGUUACGCCUGCAUAGACUGUAGUGUAAACUGCGCAAGUACAGAAGAACUCCGUAACCAUCGCAAAAUCCACCAGGACCCAACCUGGUGGAAGUGCAACAACUGCCGCAACCUUGUGAAGCAUCAGCAGAUGCAUCUGCAGAAGAAACAUCCAACAAUCAGCGAAAGUGAACUGGAUUCAUCCUUCACGAUCCGAUACCGUUGCUGGAUGUGCCGGAUGUACUUCAAAACGCUCCACCAGAUGGAAGUGCACGCCAACGUCAAACAUCAAAUUCCUCUACCGGAACACCAUCAGGUACCGACACCGUCGGAUGAACUGGAGGAAGGCGAAAUCCGCCCGGAAAUUCAGAUAGGAGCCCCAGCUUCAACAGUGCCGCCGCCUUCGUCUACUUUGAUACAUGCAGCGGCAGCAGGGCUUCCGUCCGGGAUCCCACAACCGUUGACAGCGCAACCACCGUUGCCGUUCGCAGCAGAACAUUUCCCUAUGCUACUGUCCCAGUUGGAGAACGGAGCAUUGGAUUAUCUACGGGAGUUUAGCAGAUUGAUCGAUCCGAAUAAUCAGCUUGGAUUGGCUGCACAGUUGGACAUCAAACCGAAUGUCGCAGCACUGAAUGCUUCCAUGGCUAUGGAUCUGUCAGGCAAUAGUGCCCUGAACUUGAGCAAUUUCACAUCGGCGGUAAAUUCUACCAGAAAUUCCGACGUCAGUAUGGAUGUUGCCGAGGACGAGAGUGAAUCAGAAGACGAUACCUUCAUCCGGCUGGACAACCGGACCUAUCAGUGUAAAUUUUGUCCGGAAACAUUCCGUCACAUGCAACUGAUGAGGAAGCACACCAAAAUUCAACAUCCUUCGGAGUGGAAAUGUGUCAAGUGUGCUCAUUGCAAACGUCGCUUCCCUUCGGCUCCGAUACGCGAUCGCCAUGCUCAUUUCCAUAGAUUGGACCACCCAUGCAAGUGCACCGAAUGCGACCAGAUGUACAGUACUCAGAAGCGAUUGGAUAAGCACUUCCAAAUCUUCCACGACAGGACAUCGCACAGCUUUUCGUUGGAGCGCUUCAAAUGCGGUUCGUGCGAAAUGACCUUUGUCGAGAAGAAGUACUAUGAUCUGCAUACAAGAAUCUACCAUGAGAAAAAGCCCCAACGGUUGAAGAAUCUCUCGGAGAAGAUACAGGUUUGUGAGAGAUGCUUUACUAAAUUCGAUUCAAGAGAACUGCUGAUGGAUCACAUUCGUCAGAAGCAUCAAGGAGAUCCUCCGUUGAAAAACUGCGUGUGCACAACGUGUCAAAAAGAUCUGAAAACAAUAACACUGCUGAGGAUUCAUAUUCUGGUGGUACAUAUGGGCAUCAGUCCGUUCGUUUGUCAACACUGCAAUGCCGAUUUUGCCUCCCGUCAUUGGCUUCUGAAGCACAUGGAGAAAGAACAUUCCGAGAUCGCUUUGUUUAAGUGUCAGUCUUGCGACGAUAGUUUCACCACCGAAGCCAGGCUUAUCGAACACAAAGAUAAAGCCCACACAGAGGUGAUCACGGAGUAUGACGCAAUUACAGGAACGAUGGUAUAUCCUUGCACCAAGUGUGAGAAAAAACUAGCGACAAAGGAACUCCUUGAGAAGCAUCUGAUUAAAGCUCAUCCGUCGUUUAUGAUGAUGUACAAAUGUCCUCUCUGUACUCAACCUAUUCGUUAUCGAAAGCAGCACAUGCAAGUCCACCAUAAAAUUGAGUACAAUCCUAAAGAGCACCAGUACCAGCUCCGCUACAAAUGUCACUGCUGUUCGAAAAUGUUCCAACAGAAGCGUAACCUUUUGGCUCAUCAGAACUCGCUGUCCUUCCAGUGCAGUCGCUGCCAGAUGCGAUUCAAGACCAAGAAGAACCUGCAAGCGCACAUGUCCGCUCAUAAGUCGAAUAAAUGUCUCAAAUGUGAAGACUGUGGCUUGGACUUUGGCUACCGGGCUCGGUUGGACACGCACCGAGAGCGGUACCAUAGCCCCACGUCGACGCGGGUCCUCAAGAUUAUCAACUGUCCGUACUGUCCGAAGUUGUUCAUUAGUAAGAGCAACCGGGAACGACAUAUUGCAGCCAAUCAUGUGCAGAGCGAAUUUAAAGUUAAUUGUAACCAUUGCCAGGUGCAGGUGACGGAUACGGCCCAGCUUAGGAAGCACUACAAGGCCGUACAUCCGGAUGAAAGAGUCACGUUCAAAUGUCCGGCCUGUGAGCGGUUCUACCUGAAUCUGUCGAGCUUUAAAGAUCAUUACAAGAAGCACAAGGAAGAGGCGGAGAAGAGCUCGAACAGCACCGUCGAUGGAUCGGAAGCUGAAGCCGAUGUGAGUACGAAUAAGACGAAGAAGAUCAAGCAAGAAGUACAGGAUGCAAAGGCAAAGACCGUUGAAAUUAAACAGGAAAAUGCUGAUGUGAGUGGUUCAAGUCAGGAGAAGGUUAAUGAUGUCAAGCUGGAGUUCGAGAAUGGAGAAGUUGUUCCUGCUGCGGAUGAUGUUAAGGUCAUGCAAGACACGGUGAAAUUAGGGGAACCAACACAAGAAGCAACGGUUGCUGUUGAGGUUGAAAAUGAGGAAAAAGUGGAAAUCACCGAUCCCAAUGUAAAGGAUGGAGACGCGAAGGAGCAAGCAGAAAUUUGUCCGGGUAAGGAUCAUGCUUCAAGUGAACCGGAAGCAGUUGAACAAAUAGCGACUAAUGCAGAGAAAAUAGCUGAAGGUACGGUGCAUGUCCCAAAAGCCGAUGAAAGUGAUGAACCAAUGCUUGUGGACCAAAUGAGUGAAAAGGGAAAAGGUUCGAACCAGGCAGACUCAUCUAAAGUUGCUGAAUCAGGAGAACACACAACGAAUGCAAUUAAAGAUUCAAAGGUUGAAACGAAGGAAGAUACAGCGGCUGCAAAGAACUCUGAAGAAGGGAAUGCGAUCGCUGAAAAGGAAGAUUCGAUUGCACAUGUAUCGAGUGAUGAACCAAUGGAAGUGGAGGAUCCUAUAAAGGUAGUUGAAUCCAAAGAAACUAAAAUGGCUGUUCAGGAAUUGUCAUCAGAACACAAAGAAUGUACCGUAGAUAUAAAAGAACAGACGAAAGAAGAUGCCAUCCCCGAAACUUUAAAAUCCACCGAGAAAACGAAACAACCAGAGUCAACUGCAGAUCAAGCUCCGUUAGACAAAACAAUUGAUGGAAAAGAAGCGCCAGCGAAGGUGCAACAAUGUGAACAGGAACUUGCAUCAUCUGCACAACUAAUUGAUGGUGGCGAUUCAUCGCAAAUGAUAGAUCAGCAGACUUCUGAUACCAAUAAGAAAACUUCAGAAACAACUGCUGAAAGGACGAUAGAAGUAGAAUUGGCAGUCGAAGUAGAAUUGGCAGUCGAAAAGACAAAAAUUCCACAGGAGCCGGAUGCUGUUUCAAACUUUGAAAUGUCGAAAACAGCAGACACCACAUUAAAAGAUGAAUCAGUAUCAAAAGAAAACAAGUCACCUGAUGAGAAGGUACUGCUACCAGAAGUAGUUGAAACAGAUGCAACUUCCAAAGAGCCCUCAGAAAAGCAGGAGAAGCCAGAGCAAGCACCGGUCACGACGCCAGAGCAAGCAGCGGUCACGACGCCAGAGCAACCACCAGUCACGACGCCAGAGCAAGCUUCGGUCACGACACUAGAGCAAGCACCGGUCAUGACGCCAGAGCAAGCACCGGUCAUGACGCCAGAGCAAGCACCGGUCAUGACGCCAGAGCAAGCACCGGUCACAACGCCAGAACAACCACCAGUCACGACGCCAGAGCAAGCAGCGGCCACGACGCCAGAGCAAGCACCUGUUACGACUCCAGAGCAACUACCAGUCACGACACCAGAGCAAGCACCAAUCACAACGCCAGAGCAAGGACCGGUCACGACGCCAGAACAAGCAUUGGUCAAGACGCCAGAGCAAGCACCGGUCACGACGCCAGAGCAAGCACCGAUCACAACGCCAGAGCAAGCAGCGAACACAACACCAGAGCAAGCAUUAGUCAAGACGCCAGAGCAACAACCGGUCACGACGCCAGAGCAAGCACCAGUCAAGACGCCAGAGCAAGCACCUGUCACGAAGCCGAGAGCAACAAAACAACGGCGGGUCAGCAGAAAACCAAAGGCGAAACAAGCUCGGGCUAAUGAAUUAAAAGAUUCAUUCGUGGAAGAGACAAUGUCAGAAGAUGAAAAGCCGGAUGGCGAAGAGACAAAAGACUCGUCUUCUAUCAAGAUAAAAACGUCACUUGUUAAGGAUACUAACUCGCAAGAUGAACCAACGGAUGUUGAAAAAGCCAAACAAGAAUUAACACCUGAUAACAAAACCUCGCCUAUCGAGGAGGCAAAGGCGGAAGAAACAAAGUUGGAUGUAGAAGAAGCAAACACAUCUAGCAACAUCAAAAUAUCAUCUGUAACGAAUUUAGAAGAAAGAAAAUCGGAUGCGCAAGGAGUCACAGAUAUACCGCCAAGAAAGCCCUCAGAAGUACAGAAAAAGCAAGGGAAACUUCCUGUUCGGAAAAACGCAAAGCAAUCGAAACAAAAACGGGUUGGUAAACAACCAAAAGUAAAGCAAAAGACAUCCGAUGAAGAGAUUAAUUCCGAAGUUUCAGCCAAUGAGUCAAAACUGGUUGACGAGCAGUUCGAACGGGACAUAGUUUUAGAAAACUCAGUAGUAUUAGACGAAACAGCACCUUUAAGGGAUGAUGUACCGCAGGUAGCAACUAGUAGUCAUGCAGAUGAAAAUGAAAGCAAAUCUACGGCUCUGGUAGAAUCAACUAAAAUGGAAACUGCUCAGAGAGAGAAUAACGAAACUGAAAAGACAAAACCAAACGGAGCUGAUGUGCCAUCGGUUGACAAAGAACAAAUAAAGAAUGAUUCUCCUCUCGAGCCUCCAGAAAAUGUCAACAAUAUAGAAGCAGUGCCACAGCAAUCAAAUGAAAAGCAGCUAGAAAAGACUGCUGAAGAACCGGAAGUCCUUCCAAGUGCACCAGAAGCAGGACACUCCGCAGCAGAACGGGCGGAAGAUUUCCCAGUCAAACCUGAGAAUGAGCCUAAUCCCCCCGAAGAAAACAGCAAAGAUGAAACCCAACCGGCAGAAGAGAAUCGGUCGACCAACAACUCACCGACAUCCGUCGCAAAUGAUUCGCCAUUCACCAUAGUAGAGUCCUCGAACGAUGCUUCGGAGAUUUCCGAAACGUCUUCGGUUACGUCCGAACGGAGUUCGGUCAAGCGAAAGGCAACCCCCGCCAGUGAAGGUCGCCGCAUUUCCACACGCAAUGUGCACAAACGAAAAAAGCGGCUAAUGGUACUGCUCGACCCGGUUGACGUCGACAGGCUGAUGGAGCUUAGCCGGGGCAGCUCGGUUUCUCCGUCGUUGGACAGAAUCACCCGGAAGGGAUCCGCUUCGGCCAGGGCAUCCAGCAGUGAGUCACAACCUGCCACGGAGGACCAGCUGCCAGCCAAGCGGCUGCGGCGGGAGAGAAGAACUCCCAACUCGGAAGGUAGCGGCGUGACUGGAGAUUCGUAAGUAUUCAAAGAAUAUUAUAUUCUACAGUAAAUAUAGAAAUAUUGUGUUUAGUAGUCUAUGUCGAAUUUCGUCUCAAGAAGUUUACUAUAAAUGUAGCAUCCCCCAUCCCUGUCGUAUUGUAAUGGUACCCAUUAUAUCAAUAAACCGAAUUAGUGUGGUAAAA